UCUUGAAGACAAGCAGUUUUUUUCCUAAACAACAACCUCAACAUCAUGAAUGACAAUUCAGAAUCCACACAAAACCCCACACAUCUGCCCAGCACACUCUCCUGUGCAGGUUGUGUUUGGCCAUUGUGCUGCUUGGCGUGACAGUGUGGCAUUAUUCUAGGCUUUGUGUGGGUCUGUAUUGUUCUCCUGUGGGCUGCUUUGUUGAAUGAGGGGGUAUAGUGGUGAUGCUGCAGGCCAUUGCUUUAUGCUGACUCUGACCUGUGGGAAUGGCAGGGAGAGAUAUGGCCCUAUGACUAGGCCACAGACAGAGAGAGGAGGAGAAGGAGAGAGGAACAGCAUCAGCAACGCGCAUCCCAAGAGAGCAUCGAUUUGGAAAUGGUCUAAAAUACUACUGGAUUAAAGACUCAUGUGUUCAAGUCCAAGUGUAGUCAUGCAGGAGAACCCAGGCUCUAUAGGUGUAGAUGGAGGAUACGCCAGCAAUGUACCUGCUUUCCUCACUAAACUCUGGACUCUUGUGGAGGACCCAGAGACCAAUCAUCUGAUUUGCUGGAGCACUACGGGCACCAGCUUCCAUGUUUUUGACCAGGGCAGGUUUGCCAAAGAGGUUCUGCCCAAAUACUUCAAACACAAUAACAUGGCAAGCUUUGUACGCCAGCUCAACAUGUACGGCUUCAGGAAGGUGGUGAAUAUUGAGCAGAGUGGGCUGGUGAAGCCCGAGCGAGAUGACACCGAGUUCCAGCACCUCUAUUUCCUCCAGGGUCACGAGCAUCUGCUUGAACACAUUAAGCGCAAGGUGUCAAUAGUGAAGAGUGAGGAGACCAAAGUGCGGCAGGAGGACUUGAGUAAGUUGUUGUAUGAGGUGCAGGUGCUACGCAGCCAACAAGAGAACAUGGAGAUGCAGAUGCAGGAUAUGAAACAGCAAAAUGACGUUCUGUGGAGGGAGGUGGUGUCACUGAGGCAGAAUCACACACAGCUGCAGAAAGUCAUGAACAAGCUGAUUCAGUUCCUGUUUAGCCAGAUGCAGUCCAACACUCCCAGCACUGUGGGAAUGAAGAGAAAGCUUCCUCUCAUGCUGGAUGAUGCCUGUUCCACCCCUCCUGCCUCAAAAUUCAGCCAUAGCCACUCCGCGGAGUCCUUGCAAGAAUCGUUCUAUAUCCAGUCGCCAUCCACAGAAAGUGCAUCCUGCUCCACUAGCAAUGUGAUGACAGGAGGGCCAAUAAUCUCUGAUGUCACUGAAAUCUCACAGUCCAGCACCAUGGCUUUACAAAUGCAGGCAGAGGAAUCUAGAGAAAAGUGUCUGAUGCUGAUUAAGGAAGAGCCAGUGAGCCCUGGGGUGCAGGGACGAGGAGAGGGUGUACCACUCGGCUCCUGUGAGGUGUGUACUGAACCCCCCGUCCUCCCUGUUGCCAUGGUACAGUCCGUCCUAGAGGGCCGAGGAUCUAAUUUGGGAGAGAGAAGGGCCAAAAGACCCAUGCUGGAGAGAUCAGAGAUUCCCGAUUGUGUGGAGAAUGUUGACAUGAGCCUGGAGGAUUUACAGCUGCUUCUGAGGAGUCACCAGCAGAGCAUGGAAACCAGUGCUGCAGCAAUGGAUCCCUUCACAUUUAGUCUGUCUUUGAACGAGUGGAACUUCACAGAAAUGGACCCAACCCUGAAAUCAAGACCUCAGGGUAGCGACCCUUCUUACAGGAAUGAAAACCAAGUAGCGGAGCCGAAGCACAACUCACGUAAUUACCAAAACAAUAUUCCUCCGCAGGAGCUGGUUAAUGCCCUCAUCCCUGCUGCUGUGUCCCAGUACAUGUUUCAGGGUCAGGAGGGGGAGACGUACCCCACCUCUGGCUACGAGGAGCAGUGAAGCCCUAAUAUGACAGCCAGCACAGAUCCCUCCUGAGAGCGAGCAGAGUGAUCCAUUUGAAAGUAUGCCACUUGGAUUGAACAUUAUCCCAACAUCAGAAGAGAAGGCUCAAAUUUUUCUGACUAGCAGAUGUGGAGGUUAUAAACAGUAGCAAGUAAACAUGCUUGACCAGCCCUUUGUGAAGAAGAUUCACUUAGUUGGCCAUUGGUGGAAGGUGCAUUUUUACAAAAUCACUGGGAGCAAUUCAACUCUUUGGAGAUGGAAUAUUUACAGUAAUCCUUUCUCAAAGCCUAUAAGGAGUUCAGGCUACAUCAAGAUCAUUUUGAAGAUAUUUUUCUCAUGAUAUAAUGCAUCCUAAGGAAACUUCUAUAGCCAAGGAAAAGGCAAUAUUAAGCAUUUCCCUCCCGAACGACUACAAUACAGGUGAACUAUAUGCAAUAUGACGUAAAUCACUGUGGCCCGAGUUUGAAUGCACUUUAGUCUGUGUGUUGGAGUUCCUGCUUUGUGGAGCUGUGAUUUCAUUUUCCCUAAAAUUUAACUGUAAAAAAUGAAUACAUUUAGUUCAAAUUGAUAUCAUAAUGAAGCACACACACUUGUAUUUCAAUAUAUAUUUGAAGACAUAUAAAAAGUACUGGUUUAACCAUAUUGUGUAUGUAUUAAUGUGAGAGGUCUAGGGGUUAAAAAUCAGACCUCGCAGAAAGAAAACUGAAACCGAUGCACUGAUUUUUGCACAAUUUACUGUCUUUUUCGCAAUCAUAUUUUAGUAUCUGAAACAUACUAUUAAGACAUCAAGUAUCUUUGUUUCAAUUUAUCCUUUAGUUGAUCGACUAGCCUUUCAGAAUUUACAGCUGUCUUUGAUACGAUUAUGAUAUAUUGUGUGAUAUUUGCCCUCAUUUGAUACAAAUGUAUUGACCACACUGGUUAGAUGCAAAAGACAGAAUCAACGAUUCUUAAUGCCUUUUUAGAUGAGCACUAUACUUAUGUAAAAUGCAACAUCUAUAUUUUAAUUAUUUAUACAAUGCAUUCUAAUUUGACGUUUUCAGCUGACUAUUUCAGCCCAUCAGCAAAAUUAGAGACUGUCUAACAAUGGCAGUGCUUUAGGGAAGAAUGUGUUUAUUUUUCCUGCCAAACCUCAGAUAUGUAAUGAGGGCAAAUGAACACACAACAUAUAAUAACAUUUUAGAGGCCAUAAUGCACUUUGUUAUUAGGGCAGCCAUGUAGCAAUGCAGAAAACCCUAGAUCUCUUACAAAUGUGUUGAAUUUUAAGUGCAAUACUGCUGCAUUUAUUUAUAUGAUUUCCCUAAAAAGGACUUUUGCUGCAUUGAUUUGUAUGAUUUCUAAAGAUGCAACAUCUAAUGAUGAUUUAGAUGGGAACUAUGAUGGAAUAAAAUAAAUUGCACUAAGGGUGAUAACUGUAUUAGAAAUAGUGUUUUUUUAGUGUUAGUUUAUACUUUUAAUUUUCCACUAUUCUCUACCAAAGAGCAACAAUGAAAUGGUUUAUUUUGAGAAGAGUGCUUUUUCACAUAGCUUGCAAGUCUUUCAUUGUAUACUUAUUUUUCUUUCAUAACGUAAUUAAUUGCACUGCUAAAAAAAAUGAAUGUAGACAAACACAGCAAGACACAAAAGCAUGAAAGCAAGAAAGGAAACCAAUGUUUCAUAUUAUUUCUGGAUGUAGUCUGUUCCUGACUCCCACCAGCAUGUUAAAAAUAUGUA